AUGCUUGCACUUCGCAGCCGGCUUCGGCCGCUGGGCUGGCGGGGUUUCGCGGAAGGCGGCAUUGAAGCCGCAGUGACCAGCAAGCUGACAGAGGCCCUUGGAGCGAGCAACUGUGUGGUAGAGGAUCGCUCCGGCGGGUGCGGGCAAAGCUUUAACAUCCAGAUUGAGUCGGAGAAGUUCCGGGGACAGACGAAGCUCAAAUGCCAGCGAAUGGUGCAGGAAGUCAUCCGAGAAGAGAUCGCUCAGUGGCACGCCGUGUCGAUCCAGACCAAGGUCCCUGAGGAAUAA